AUGGCGUCAUCUAAACAAACAAAAAAACUAUUAACUCAAGGAAAACAUAUUAUUAAGUCUACAUCAAAUAAACGACAACGACCAACUUCACAGCAGAAUGUAAACGUUCAAGAUGAUGAUGAUAGUCAAGAAGAAUCUUUACAACAAACGAAUACAACAAAGAAAGGUAAACAAGACAAACGACAAAAAGUUAUACGACCAAAUGCAUUUUUAAGUUUUAGAAUAACAAAUCAACAAGUAAAUUAA